CUGCUGCUGCUGUGCACGCCGCGUCCUCACCGAGCUACGUGUCCAACCCCCCAUGGCCAUGGCCGCGCCGUGGUCGUCGCCGCCGUCGUCGUCUUGCUGCGCCGCGACCGCGUCGACGAGCGCUCCGCGGCUGCUUGGUCCGGGGAGCCUCAAGGGCGCGGCAUGGCCGGCCGGUGCCGGCGGGUCGAGCUGCGGGGGGCAGGGGAUGAACAGUCGGCGGCGGCUGUCCGUCCGCGCCACGGCGGCCGCGCCGCCUCCUCCCGUGGACUACGCAGACACCAGCGCCACCCGCGCCGACGCCGACUACGUGGCCUCGCUCAAGGUCAAGCUGCUGAGCGCGGUGUCCGGGCUGAACCGCGGCCUGGCGGCGAGCCAGGAGGACCUGGACCGCGCGGACGCGGCGGCGCGGGAGCUCGAGGCGGCGGGCGACGGGCCCGUGGACCUGAGCAGGGACCUCGACAGGCUGCAGGGCCGGUGGCGCCUCGUGUACAGCAGCGCCUUCUCGUCGCGGACGCUCGGCGGCAGCCGCCCCGGCCCGCCCACCGGCCGCCUCCUGCCCAUCACGCUCGGCCAGGUGUUCCAGCGGAUCGACGUGGUGAGCCGGGACUUCGACAACAUCGUGGAGCUGGAGCUCGGCGCGCCGUGGCCGCUGCCGCCCGUCGAGGCCACGGCCACGCUGGCGCACAAGUUCGAGGUCAUCGGGACGUCGGGGAUCAAGAUCGAUUUCGAGAAGACGACGGUGAAGACGAAGGGGAGCCUGUCGCAGCUGCCGCCGCUGGAGGUGCCGCGGAUCCCCGACAACCUCCGGCCGCCGUCCAACACCGGGAGCGGCGAGUUCGAGGUGACGUAUCUGGACGGCGACACCCGCGUGACACGCGGGGACAGGGGCGAGCUCCGGGUGUUCGUCGUCGCGUGAGCCGAUGACCUCUGGAUCCGAUGGCAGGCUCAGGCACACAAGCGAGACUGAAAUUCCUGAAUCCUGAUAGCUGCUGCUGCCGCUGCUGCCAUUGAUCAAUUGUUCUUCUGUCUGAGAGUCUCUGACCCUCUUGUAGUAGCAUUCAUGUAGAGACUAGAGAGUGGAAAGAUAAAUAAAGAUGGCCGCCGUUUCUCAGUUA